CUCUACCUGAGUUUCGGGAAGGGAGUCGAAAAGGGGUGGCCUGAACUGAUGGGACAAGAUUAUCAGAAUUGUUCUCGCAUGAUAAGAAGUAUACGUGAGUCAUACAGUCUACUUUUACCUGGGUUGCUAAGGACAUACAAAUUCCAACGUUUUGGAGAAUAAUAUUUCCCUGAAAUUGAUUGAGGUUCUACUUUCUCCCGGAUAGAAAGUAGCCUACUUCCUGGUCACAUUCAACUGCAGUGGCCCCCUCCCCAGACUGUAAGCAUGGCGGUGACCCCGCGGCGUGUUCGGCUCAAGCCCUGGCUAGUGGCCCAGGUGGACAGUGGGCUCUACCCAGGUCUGGUGUGGAUCGAUCGGGACAACAAGCGCUUCAGGGUUCCCUGGAAACACGCUACGCGUCACACCCCCCAGCAUGAGGAAGAGAACACCAUCUUUAAGGCCUGGGCAGUGGAGACGGGAAAGUUCCAGGAGGGUAUUGAUGACCCUGACCCUGCCAAGUGGAAAGCCCAGCUCCGCUGUGCCCUCAACAAGAGCAGAGAGUUCAACCUUGUCUACGAUGGCACCAAAGAAGUCCCCAUGAACCCCCUGAAGAUCUACGAUGUCUGUGACAUCCCACAGCCCCUCAGUAACCCAGGAUCCUCAGACUCUGGGUCCUGGACGCCGAAUGACUGUGAUGAAGAUGAACCAGAUACUCCAGAGCCCCUUCCUCCUUAUCCAACAUCCAAUGGCACCAGCCCCACUCUAAUGUGGUCUCCUCCGGGGUCAGUAUCGCCCCUCCACCCCCCAUCAGUUAAAGUGUGGCCCAAAGAGGAGGUUAAGCUGUGGCCAAAAGAGGAGCCUUUGGAUGUGGAGAUGCAGCCCUCCCCUGAGGAGAUGGCGCCCCCUCCUCCACUUGACAUGCCUUCCCCUCACAUGCCUGACAUGAUGUUCGCCUCACCAGAGAUGUGGAUCAGCUCCUUGCCCAUGACAGACCUGGAGGUGCAGUUCCAGUACCGGGGUAAGGAGGUGUGUCCAGCCAUGACCGUCAGUAAUCCCCAGGGCUGCAGGCUGUUUUACGGGGACCUGGGCCCCAUGGUCAACCAGGAGGAGCUGUUUGGCCCUAUCAGCCUGGAGCAGCUGAGGUUCCCCUCUACCGAGCACAUCGCCAACGACAAGCAGAGGGUCUUCACCAACCGCCUGCUGGACGUCAUGGACCGAGGCCUCAUCCUGGAGGUCAGUGGCCAUGACAUCUAUGCCGUCCGCCUCUGCCAGUGCAAGGUGUACUGGUCAGGCCCCUGUGCACCCAACCCCAAUGCACCCAACCUCAUAGAGAGGCAGAGGAAGGUUAAGCUGUUCUGUCUGGAGUCGUUUCUCAGCGGUGUAAUAGCCCAUCAGAGGGGCCAGUCGGCCAGUCUUCCUCAGUUCGACAUCAACCUGUGCUUUGGAGAGGAGUGGCCUGACAGCAGACCCAGGGAGAGGAAGCUUAUCAUGGUGCAGAUCAUCCCUGUGGUAGCACGUAUGAUCACUGAGAUGUUCUCAGGUGACUGCAUGCGCUCCUUCGACAGCGGCAGCGUGCGCCUGCAGAUCUCCAUCCCGGACAUCAAGGACAACAUCGUUACCCACCUGAAGCAGCUGUACCGCCUGCUGCAGACCCACCAGGGCCAGGAGGGCUGGCCUCAGGCUCUGCCCCUGGGGGCUGGCACGAGCCUGCCCCAGGCCCUGCACGCCCAGUGAAGCUACCCAGUCCACCAUGGCCCUACCAGGCCAGUCAGUCUCAUACACAGCUCUGUCUGGACACUGUCUCCUUACUGCUGCCUCUACUGCUGGGUCAUGUGGGGACCUGUAGUCAGCAAGCUAGUACUUAUGUUUUAUAGAGGCGUGUUAAUCCGAAGGAAAAGGGAGAGGGAUUGCUUCAAUUGAGCCUUUUUCUGUUCUUUUGCUAUUAUGUUCUCUGAGAGGAGCCAUGUAUAUAUUGUGGUAAAUGCUGCUAACUACUACUGUGGCAGGCAGUAAAACAUGGUGUGAUAGUGUCUGUCUGCAGUUGUAAAGCCCUGUGGCCUCAAUAUGGACAGAACUAGAGGAGCAUUGGAUGGCAUUAUGAGCAAAAGUCCUGUCAGCUGCAAGGCAACAUUGAACAUAGUCAAUGAGUUACAGGCAUAACCCUUGACCCCAUGUUACACAAUACCAGUCAGUGAUCAAGCUGUGUCCUGGUCCUUGUUGUUCAUGUCAUUUUGUCUACUACCUUUUUUUAACCCAUGAAGAAUAUGUUUGAGUGCUACAGCUAGAUAUUUAUAUAUAUUUUUUCUUUUGGAGAAACAACAUGCAAGUGGUUAAUCCAUUAUGUGAACUUUUAUGAUACACACUUUAAUAGUUAUCUUUCCUUUUUAUUGGUUAUUAUACAUUUGUAUCUCAUCAUGACUGCUGAGAUCCAUUCUAACUGUUCCUGCAAGAUAUGUGAACAGUAUCCUAUACCCUUUACUUGUUUGUUUAUGCUAAUACUAAGAUCAGGUAAAGGUAGAUGAUUCGGUGAACCAAAUGGAUUGUUUAUUUUCUGAUAGACCUUAUCACCAUAUAUAGCCUCCAUUUAUAAUUUUAUGGCAUUUAAACCAUUUGUUUUGGUCCAUGAAAUUAGUAUAAGUGGUGUCGCUGCACUUUUGGGAGUAAAUGGAGCUUAAUGCUUAGAUAGGAUUUCAUUUUUCAAUAUUUUUUUUUGUUCUAAUGAUUUGUAUUUAAUUUUUUAUUUAAAAAAAAAAUGCCCAUAACUAGGCAAGUGAUCUUUUUAUUUUAUUUUUAAAAAAUUAUGAAGCGAAUCAGCAAUGAAAUAUAUUCAGUAAUGAAAAAGGGUUUAAUUCAAAUUGACAAAAAGUUAUACCUGCAAGUGUUUUAUUCACUGGUAUUUUAUGUCAGUUUUACUGUCUAGUUAUAAAUGUGGUUGUGUGUCAACUAUA